AUGUUGGAAGAAAUUAAUUAACUGAUAGUGCUUUAUCAAAUUUAAAUAAGCAAUUCUAAUCUGUUAAGUGGAGUGCUUUAAAGAGUCAUUAUAAUUAAAUAACAGAUGUGGGAGCAAGAAUAUUAGGAAAAGUAUAUAUAGUUGGGAUAAAAAUAGUUCCUUUAAAGUUUACUAAUUUUAGUUAAUCUAUAAUCGAAUUUGAAUUCAACUCAGAUUAAUCAAAAAGGAUUGAACUUUAUAAUUAAUUAAUUGGGUCCAUAAGUUAAUGUUUAAAUCUAAGCAAAAUAAUCUGAUGUAACUGAAGAAGUAUAGUUUGGUUUUUUUUUGAAUUGA